AUGCAGGCAGAUGAAUGCAUACUGUUCUUUGCCAUUCUGGCCCCUCCUACAUUCUCCCCUGCAUCUGCAAGCCAACCGCCUGAGCCCGCCAUACACCUUAUCAAGAUGAGCAAUCUGUUACCCAUGCCACUGACCGAUCAGAUAGCAGGAGUCUUGGAGCUCAUGUUCCGCCGAAAGCUCCAUCUGGCCACUCAUGCAGCCCAUUCUGCGCCAUCUAUAGAAGUGCCUCCGUCCAUGCCAUCUGCCCUCCUAUUGGAGUGCAAUGGCAUUGCAGAUGCUCUUGUGAAGGCCAUCCGUAAUUCUGUAAGGCUGCAGUGGGACAUUGAUAGAUAUUGCGACAGCCUUUCGAUUCAGCCCACGGGGCAGAAUGAAGUCCUCGAGGCAGAACUGGAACGGAAGUGGCCUCCUCCAUUUGGUGAGAGCGAAAUACGCAUAGACCAGCCCGCCACCCUCGUGGACAUGCACGGACGCAUCUUGGCUUGGAUACUUCCAAGAGUGUUGAUACCAGACCGCCAGAUGAAGAUGGUCCAAGCGACCAGGGCCCUACACCCAGCAAUAGCAGCCAGUAAGCCUUCCAGCACCACCGCCAGUUGGCGACACAACCCGUUGUACUUCUUGCCUCCUGAGGAGUGUGCCCAAUUCCCAGCGGGCUCCUUGUGUCUCUCGCCAGGUUGGUUCCAACAAGUAAGAGAGCAUAUGGAGUCUGGGAGGCUGGAGACCUCCGCCAGCCUGAAGCUUGAGGGCGGAAGAAGUUGGCUGCAUGAUAUUCAUGACUCCUCCGCAUUGCUGGGCGCCAUCCUGGCCGUCGUUCACCCAACACUAUAUGCCGCAGGACGCCAGUGCUUGGGUUUGAUCCAGCAAGACCCAGAAUUGCGAGAGAUGGCACUGAACUGGUCGUCACCAUUCAAUGCGCUCCAGGUGAUCGCCAACCGGGAAACUCCUUUCCACUGA